AUGAUCCCCAAAUUCCAAAUUGCUGCGGCUGGCUUCUCGUUCUUUUGCGCCGGCGUUGACGGUGCCACUCUCGGACCUCUCCUUCCAUACAUCAUACAGUCAUUCACGAUUAACGAAGGUGAGGUUGCUAUAAUCUAUGCAUGUAUCUUUGCAGGAUGGGUCAUCGCCGCCGUGACAAAUUUGUUUCUUGCCACGAAGCUAUCUUUCUCCUCUCUCUUGACGCUUGGCGCUACACUCCAGCUUGUGGCGCAAUGUCUGCGCCCGUGGGCAUCUCAGCCAGUAUUCUUCAUAAGCUUUGCCGUUCAGGCUGUCGGUAUGGGCUAUCAGGAUACACAUGCUAAUGCUUGGGCAAGCGGGCUUCCGAAUGCUCACCGCUGCCUGGGCUUUAUCCAUGCCAUGUUUGCCCUAGGCUGCCUUGUUGGACCUUUAGUCGCGACGGCGAUCGCAACAGCCACAGGGUCGGGUCAUUCUACAACAAAUGGAAUCGAGGCUUGGAGGAUGGGGUAUUUCCAACUCAUCGGUAUUCAUGGUCUCAACCUGAUUGGCAUGCUCCUUGCUUUCGGUAACCCACUGAGACGGUGGAAGACACUCGAGGUCGCCAUUCCUCAAGCCUCUGCUACCGGCACUGCUGACUCAGACGUUAUUCAACAACGCAAUAAAGAUGCCCUUCGCGAUAUUGGGCAACUCCUCAAGAUGAAGAAUUUCUGGCUUAUCGGUGGCUUUUACCUUUUCAACUGCGGUGCAUGGUCUGCUGCUGGGGGAUGGGUAGUAGAGUACCUUGUAGCCCAUCGCGAUGGUGUUCUCGAAAAGGUCGGAUAUGUCCCCACAGGCUUCUGGGCUGGCCUGUUCCUCGGUCGUUUGCUCCUGGCUGAGCCGACACAUCGCUUUGGCGAGCAAAGGUCCAUCAUGUGCCUCAGUGCUGUGUGCUUAAUAUUUCAUCUCUUGUUUUGGCUUGUCCCGAAUCUAGUUGCAAGUGCUGUGGCCUUCUCCUUCAUGGGAUUCUUUUUCGGCCCCUUCUUUGCUACUGGUAUGAGUGUUGCAUCAAGAAUGUUUCCACGCAAGAUUCAGUCAAUGGCUUUGGGCCUCGUUUUUGUCCUCGCCCAGGCCGGUGCUGCCAUAUUUCCAUCCGUUACCGGACUGAUCGCCACACGAGCCGGGGUUCAAGUGCUUCAACCAGUCAUCUUGGGCCUUAUAAUAGGCGGUGCUGUCUGCUGGUGGUUUAUUCCAAGGAUACCGGAGCGCAUGGACGAACCGUCGGACUAA